AUGCGUAGACCACACAGAAACUCCCAACCACCCUUGCCCGACCUCUCUAGGACUUUCUGGAAACCACAGUUUCCUGAUGGCGACAGUUCCGCCGUGAGAAGAGAGUACCCCAUCCUUAAAUGGGGUGAUUACAACACCUCGACAGGCCUAUAUACCUGGCAAAACGAAAGGUUUACAGGCAACGAUCCGGCUUAUGUCAAGGGGUCUAAACGGGCGCUACAAGGCAUCUAUUAUGGUGUCGAAAACAAUCCCCGCUGCAGACGCUGUGAGAAAUCGGAUCGAUUCUGCACAAAGGUUGUCGAUGAUCUUCUUGGUCUCACAAAAUGUGCGAGAUGCAGACUAGGUCAAGAUACAGGUUGCUGCUUCGCUAAUGGUGGAAAGCGAACCUCAAGUGCCAUGGACACAACCAAAGAACCAUCGCGAAUCCAGAACGACGAAGAUGGGGAAAGAUCAGACCAUCAACCACCUGUGAGGCACCACAGAAGUACUACAAUUCAUGGCGGAGACGAUAAAGACAUCGAAGAACCAGACCAUCAACCACUUGCGAAGCGUCAUAAGAUCUCCAGCUCGAAAUCCAGGUCUAUUGUCCAAGAGGAUUCAGAUGAUGAGCUUCCCAUUAAGACUAUCUUUGGUCAGCGUAAGGCCGUGCAUGGUGCCAAUACCAUACAGCCACGGUCGAGAAGUCCUAGUCCUCAUGACACCGUACAAGUGGCCGGUUCGCAAAGCAAAGAUCACCGACGAACAGUGAUCGAGAUACUAGAUUCGCCGCCAUCGUCUCCCCUCUUCUGCCCAACAUCUGAGCCCUUGGAGCCUAAUCAAAUACGCUCUCUUGAAGCAAACAUCCAGCAGAAUGACUUCUCCACAGUCACUGGCGCCGCUGAUUACGCUCAGAUUCAAGAGCGUCUUCGUGUCUUGGAAGCCCAGAACUUUCAGCACCAGGCAGAAAGACGUCAGGAUCAAGAACAGAUCCUUAAGCUCCAAGAGCAAAUCGCUGUCCUUGCAGGACAGCAAGAGCGAAAGCUUGAAGAGAGAAUCCGCGAAGUCAAUCAGAGGGUGAACUAUGCCGUCAAUCAGCUUAUGUUGCAUCAACUAAGGAAAGCUGGAGUUAGGCAGUAA